CGUUGGCCGUGGGCCAACUUGAUAAGCAACAUUCGGCUCGGCAUCAAGUGGUCCCGCAAUCUUCGCUUCAUCCGACGAGGCAUACGUGCUUCUAGAGAAGUGUUAGGUCCAGUAUUUACAAACAGCUUUGGGCCUCAUCAACACCCCUCUAGAUUUUCCUGCUUGCCAACUGUUCUCCCGCCUCUAGCCACCGCAUUAUGGCCAAUUCUCUAGCUUUCUACGGAAUUGUGGUCCAUUGCCGGGAAGAUACAGAGAUAGAGAUCCUUGAGGCCUGUCUCCUGGUCGUGGCGGCUGAUGGCCGCAUUAUCCAUAUUAGCAGUGGCGUCCAUCGCGACGACUUACCGAGCUUGCUGGGCCGACUUCAACUUUCCCAAGAGCCCCGUCUAAGGAUCCUCUCAAAGACCGAAUUUCUGAUCCCUGGCUUUGUUGACACGCACAAUCAUGCAUGCCAGUGGGGUCAGAGAGGCCUUGGUGGCGGUCUUCAUAUUCUCGACUGGUUGAACCAGGUCACCUUUCCAAAUGAGGCAGCUUUUCAAGAUCCCGAACAUGCAAAAAGACUUUACUCUGCGUGUGUCGCUGGAUUUAUUAAACAGGGAGUAACGACAUGCUCAUAUUACGGAUCUCUCCAUGGUGACGCAACAAAAGUCUUAGCCGAUGUUUGUCUGGCGAAAGGUCAGCGAGCACUGGUUGGUAAAUGUAACAUGGACCGUCACGCUCCAUCGUACUAUAAAGAUAAAGAUGACGCCGAAUCAUUACAGGUCACCCAGAGUGUGAUAGACUAUAUUCGAGGUAUUGAUGCGACCGGGAUCUUAAUCAAGCCGGUUCUCACUCCGCGCUUUGCCAUAUGCUGCACUGAUAACUUACUCGCCGGUCUCGGUAAGAUCGCCACACAGAAUCCAGACUUACCGAUUCAAACACAUUUUAACGAGGCUCGACAAGAGAUUGACAUGACGCUCAGUCUUUUUCCACAAUUCGCCAACGAGGCAGAUUUAUAUAAAUUUUAUGGUCUGCUCACAAACAGAACCAUCCUCGCCCACUGUACACUGAUGACUGACGAGGAGAUUGAAAAGCUCCGUCAGGCAGAUAGUGGCGUCGCCCACUGCCCGAUAGCCAACACGACCGUCGGCGGAGGCUUCAUGGCCGCACCUAUCCACCGGUUUCUCAAGGCUGGGAUCAAAGUCGGAUUGGGAACCGACAAUGGCGGCGGCUUCUCCUCUAGCAUUCUCGACGCGAUUCGUCAGGCUAUCAUUGUGUCCAACGCACGACAACUGAUGCAUGGCGACCCUUCCCUCUCUGUCUGGCAGUGUUUCUAUCUGGCUACACUAGGAGGAGCAAGAGUGUGCAGCUUAGACCACAAGGUGGGAAACUUCCAGGUCGGGAAGGAUUUUGACGGUCUCGUGAUCCGGACUGAAACUGACGAUGGUGUCAUGACAAUGGUCCAAGAGGGGGAUAGUGUGCGGACAGUUCUCGAAAAGUUCUUAAUCAGUGGUGAUGACCGAAAUAUCGCUGAAGUCUAUAUCAGGGGUCGCCAACUGAAAUGUUUACCUCUGUCUUCAGCCUCAACAUGA